UCGGGCACAGGCGCGACCAGUCGAGCGAAACUCUUACCAGUCGGAGCCGGUAGUGUAUCUUACGUUGCACUUACAAUGCAACGCCUAUAACUCAGCGAGAUAUCUUUUAACCAAGUCUCAUUGUUUCCAAUAUGCAAACAGAACAACAUUAUCUUAUCGUUUGACAUUAGUCGAAGUAAUACGUUACCGGUUACACGCCUCGCGAACGAUAGCUGUGAUGUGAAAUCUUGCAUUGGUUAAAUAAUAUUCGAGUGCCGAUUGAGAGAUGAACUUUGUAUGGUCGUUUUGAAUUAUCGCGUAUCUAUCCAUAGCUACUAUGACGGACAGUUCGUUAGAUCUUCAGGAGUUGGAAAAAUUAAGAUCCCCAAGUUUUCACCGGGAAUCAGAAUGUCCAAAACCGAGCAUAGUCGAAGCAUCGCACAAGUGGCGAUUAAUUCUGGAACCGGCAUUAGUUGGUGCUAUGAUGGCCAUAAAUCUUAGCCAGACUUCGCUUCAGAAUUUUUAUUUGCGGACUGCAUGCCACGAACUGAAUUAUACAGCCGAUAUAUGCGACAGAGGUGUUGGUGAAGAAUUUCGCGCGGCCGAGGCAGACAGCCAAGCUUUGGUAUCCAGCAUAAAUGUCAGCAGAAGUUUCAUAGGUUCCCUUAUUUCAACAAUCGUGCUGUUAUUUGUUGGACCAUGGAGUGACUGCAGUGGCCGAAGGAAGCCAUUGCUCGUAUUACCCUUAGUGGGAAUGUGCAUAAUGACUACAGGAGUACUGUUAAUGCUUACAUUUCCUGGUGCGAGCACGGCCCAGGUUCUCUACGUAGUACAAAUACCUAUAUCGAUGGGUGGAAACUUUGGACUAUUACUGGCAGCGUCAUUUAGCCAUAUUGGAGAUCUGUGCCACGCGACCGGUCGUGACGUCACCCGCACGAUGGGCACCCACCGCGCCGCCAUACAAAUUGCUCACGUAGUGGGCUCGGUGAGCGGGCCCCUGCUCUACCGCCGCCUCGGAUUCUACGGUGUGUUCCCUCUUGUUUUAUUACUGCAGGUGUCGAGUCUCAUUUACGUGGUAGUGAUGGUCCGAGACGUGAACGUGAAUCGUGACAACAAAGUGUCAGUAUUGAACUGGCGCCUACCUCUAAACGCCGUCCAGUGCCUCGUCAGAAAAAGAGAAGAACACAAGAGGAUGGUGAUUCUUCUCAUGUUGGUGGUCGCGCUUGGAGACAGAAUGUUGUUGUCAGCGGAGGUACUGCUCGCCUAUAUGUACUAUCGGUAUAAGUUCCAAUGGGACGACGUGUUGUUUGGAUCCUUCCUCGCCUACAGGAACACUAUCAGCUUUGCGGGUACUUUGUUAAUUCUCACAAUAUUCAAACGUCGUCUCCACCUCUCCGACGAGGUGGUUGGCAUGCUGAGUUGCACGUCCUACAUCAUCGCUACGAGUUCCCUCAUUGCUGCCACCUCCACCAUCUUCGUGUUUAUAAUUCCAAUAAUCGGAAUCAUAUCACAGGGAUCCCAAGUUGUACAGCGACCAUUACUAAAUAAGCAGAUAUUACCAACUGAGCAAGGUAAAAUCUACAGUGUACUGGGCGCCCUGGAAUCUGCAACUCAAACAAUUUCAUCACCAUUAUAUUCCCUACUGUACACAAAAACUGUGUCAUUCGUCCCCGACGCCUGGCUCAUACCGGGCAUCAUUCUAGCUGUCAUACAACUUCUUUCAUACCUACUAACCAGAAGUCUGCAGCGACUCAACCCUGCUAAUGGAAUACCUGAAAAACAAGUGCCUCUUCGGAAAAUCGACGAUCGUGACGAUACCAAAGAGAAUGAUCUCAAAAAUAAAGAAAUGUUGCCUAUACGCAAUUCAUAACAUUAAAAUUUAAUCUUAGUUUAAUGUAACAUGAAUAAAAUUAUUAUAUAAUUUCUUUUUUUACAA